AUGCCGCUCCACGACCUGAUUGGGCAGAUUUUCCUACUUUAUGGCGUCUCGAUUGGUUCCUCUCUGGCUAUUGGCUUCAGAAUGCGCCGGACGCUGAUCUUGUACCGCGAGCGCCGGCGUCACGACGCGGAGGCGGUCGAGUGUAUCCACUCGGGCCAGGUGCUGCCGGUGCCCAAGCACGCCGUUUGCAAGUUCUGCAAGACCCACGGUGUCUUCUGGAAACCGUCGGUGACAUGUCACCGGCCGUCGCACAUCCGCGUGCCCCCGGUCAUGGCCUGCAUUGGCCACCUGACUCAAGAGCACCGGGCCCUGAUGGUCAUGCUCCUUGCCCCGAUGUCCUAG